AUGGCCAGAGAACGAUAUAUGAUGGCCAAAGAGUUGGAGUUUGCGAGACGUGAGCUUGCUCUUCUUUCACGUGAGAUUGUGCCAGCGCCCAGGGAACCUGUGCGCGAGCAACUUGUGCAGCAAAACCACAACAUCAACGCCAUGAAGGAGUUAAUCGGUGACUUCAAGGGUGGAAAUGUUGACUUCAGGAAAUGGGAGGAACAGUUCAAACUUUUGUGCCGUACGUAUCAAUUGGACGAUGCUCACGCUCGACUUCUACUAAGCGCCAAGCUUAAGGGCAAUGCAAGCCAGUGGUUUCAAUCAAAACCAGAGUAUAUUGGCAUGAAGGUGGGUGUACUCUUACACGAACUGGCUAUGAUGUUCGACCAUCGUCCCAAUCGACUGGCUCGUCGAAAGAAAUUUGAGGACAGAAUCUGGAAAGCUUUGGAAAAUUUCAGUGAUUAUUACCACGACAAAAUUAUUCUGGGUAGUGACGUUCCAAUCGAUGAAGAGGAAUUGGUCGACUACCUAAUCGACGGAAUCCCUAAUACGUCUAUUCAGACCCAAGCAAGGAUUCAGCGCUUCCGGGAAAAGGCAUCCUUGUUGGAUGCUUUUGAUAAGGUGAAAUUGCCACCUGAAAAAAAAAUUUUUGCAAAGAGUGAGGCCUACGGAGGUGAAAACACCAAGGCGACGCCUGUAGCUUCCGAACACAAGGCAUCGUUGACUGAAAAGAAACCAGUUGAUACAUUCCAGAGUCCACGUUGCUUCAAUUGCAGUAAAAAUGGUCAUCUUGCUUUUGAUUGCAAACUUCCAAGGCGAGCGAAAGGGGCAUGUCUUAAAUGCUUCGCAGCUGACCAUCAACUACCGGACUGCCCCAAAGUUAAGAGGGAGCAGAUCAGCUUUAUAUCGGAACCAGACGGAGCCAACUUCUAUAAGAUUGCUGAAUUCGACGUCAAGGUGGGAAAAUCAAGGUGCCUUCUGGACACCUUAUUGGAUACAGGAAGUCCCAUAAGUCUAAUCAAGCAACAGGUUGUACUUAACGUAAAUAUAGAUACCACAGAUAUUGAACUAAACCAAUAUGUAGGUUUGAACAAUAGUAACCUAGAAAUAAGAGGCAAAAUUAGGGCUAACGUACGUUUCGAUGGUCUUAACUGUGAAGACAUAGAUCUCAGGGUUGUGCCCGAUUCUACGAUGAAAACUUCAAUAAUUCUGGGUCGAGAGGUAUUAAAAAAAUUAAAUUUAGAGCUGAAAACACCUGCUGAGCUGGAAGAAGAGGUUGUUCAAGAACCGUUUAAUAUUGAAACCUGUAGCAUAGAUGUCAACGUAGCUGAAUCAAUAUUGAUAAAUCCAGGCAUUAGCCGAGAAAUUCAGUCGGCAGUAAGACGAUUGUUAACCACGGAUUAUCUGUCACCAGAACGUCCAAUUGAACCACAGGUGCAGGGAGAGAUAUCACUGACCCUCACUAGUGACAAACCUCUCUAUUUUAGUAGGUUGGCCUUUACAGAGAAAGAACAGCUGAAAAAGAUUUUAGACAAGUUGUUGGAAAACGGGACUAUUCGACCGAGCGAAUCGCCUUACGCAUCGCCUAUUGUUCUAGUCAAAAAGAGCAAUAGGGAGUUCAGACUCUGCAUAGACUAUAGAUUUCUUAACAAGAUCAUUGAGAGGGAUAAUUACCCACUCCCAUUGAUCGAAGAUCAAAUCGAUACGUUAAGAGAUAAGAAGUACUAUAGUUUGCUCGACUUAAAGGACGGGUUUCACCACAUUAAGGUUACCGAAGAUUCAAUCAAAUAUACAUCAUUUGUGAUCCCUUUAGGUCAAUUGAACAUCUAA